GCAGGCUGUGGGAUGAGGAGGAUAUUAAUAUUUCUCAUAAUGGGGAUACUCUUCUCGCCGUUAGCUGUAGAAUGUAAUGAAACCACGACAGAUGGAGAAGAAUCAAGGAAAAUUUUGGGAUCAAGUGUAGUGACGUCUGUAUCAGUCAUAAUGGACACUGGAAACGGAACCAAAGUAGCACUGACAGACGCGGUAGGCAAUCCAAUCGGAAAGCCCAGUCAAGCCUCAGAUGUUGGUAGUCCCAUCAACCUCCUCAAUCCCGACCGAUACGAAUUUUAUACUUUCGAUGAUAACGGGGAGCUGAUAAAACGCCUCAUGUCUUUGGAGGAAAUCAAAGGAAUCAUUGCUACAGGAGAUACUGACGACCUUGAUCUAGAUGCUUUUACUUCUCAAGGGUACCUUCCCGAAAAGAAGGUGAACGAUGUUGUAAACAACGUCCAGAAUGUCCUUAAAGAAGAAAUGGAAACUCAUAAAAAUACUGCUCUGGAUAUCGCCAAGCCUUUAUACGAUACUCCUGAUGUGUCUGAUUCUUGGAGCAUGAUACUACCAGCUGUAUUUGGUAACUCCGGCGAAAGCAUCAAACCUGAAAAGCCUAUUACUCACGUAACUCCAGACACGAUUAUGCUGGAUCCCACACAUCAUUACCUGACCUCUACGAAAACUCAAACACCUGCAACUAUUGUGCCGAAGCCUAUCGUUCGACCUACUGUGGCAUCUGGCUCUGACUCUUUUGCUACCACUUACAGACCUACUUCUUACAUUCAGCUGGCUCACAAAACACCAAGUACUAGUACUACCAAAAGAUACGUACAGAUAAGUACUACGCCAAGACCUUCUACUACAACAAAAGCUCCUGUACCAUUAUAUACCUCCAAUCAGAUCAAUUAUACACUGAAACCUGUACAGUCACCAAAUCAACAAACUCCUGGAGAUGAUCUGAAAAAUAUGCCAAACGUAGAGAUCUUCACAAAUUCACAUACGUCGACAGAGAGUCCGAAGGUUUCUUCUGCCACGAGUAAUCCACCCACCACGUUGUUUGUGAGGUAUACAUCUCAACCCAGCAUGAAUCCUAUUUCCAACAACAUCUUCUGGUCCAGCUCAAAUACUGAGCUCCGAACGUCUCCAUCAUCUUCCACCGCUUAUAUCACAGAAGUAACAGCUUCUACAACCACCUCUACUCCAAAACCUCAACCAUCGAGUUUCAAAGUAAGUUCCAGCUCUGUGAGCACACAAUAUACUUCUGCACCUACAUCUGCUCAAACCACAUUUAAAGCAAACUCUGUUGGAAGUAGUACAGAAAGUAUAGCUACUACUAAAGAAACCAUUAAACCUUUAACAAAACCACCCCAAGAAGGAGCAUUUUCAACAUGGCGGCCGAAUAUACCCACUAAAACAGAGCGAGAACCAACGACUACUGAAGGAACACUAUCAACUUGGAUUCUACCAGAACAGGGCACAGAAAUGAGUGUAACUGAUUUUGCUCAAAAAUUAGAAGAGCUGUUCAGCCAGAAGAGACCAAGCUCUUCAACUACGCAGAGCUUAUAUUCUAUUUUGCCCGAAAGGGGUACUACUGUAUACCAAGACGACACAAGAACGACAAAUGCGGCAGCUCAAUCAACAUUUAGGAUUCCGGAGUCAAAUACGCAUCAAAAUUCCACAUCACCAAGCUUGCAGGAAUCUUUAAGUACCAUACAACAAACUGUAGCUUCAGAAAUGUUAGACCAAUUACUGUUGACGACCAACAUUUACGAAAUCAACACUGAAUUGACACAAGGCCUUCCUACGAUAGAAGAGAAGUAUAUUACCAGCACAGAAGAAGAAUCAAGGAUUACAGACACUAAAGUAGAUGCUCCAACUACUGAGUCCUUCAAACAAGAGCAAACAACAACUGAUAAGACUUUAAUCGAUAGUAUAGAACAGUUAUUAUCUCAGGCAGUAGGAAACGUUGGAGAAGUAUUGGUUGCUGUGAAUGAUACUGACAAGAUCAAAGAUUUGCUUGAUGUAACUGAUACAAAAGAUAUGGUGGAAGUGCAGAAAGAAUCGGCUACACUUGCUUCUGAUAUGGUUGAUCACAGUACAACAACUGAUGAUAUUACCGCCGCAACAUAUCAAGAAUCAAAUAUUUUGAGCGAGUCGGUUGGAUCUCUUUUGUCUCAAGUAUAUGGUGCCACAACGUUGAAGAUUGACAUGAAUAAAGGUUACUAUCCAACUACUGUGAUCUACAGAAAGGAGGAUGGCGAAAGUGUUAAAGAUAUCACCACUACUGAAAUUAUCAGCAGUGUAAAAGAAGAAACUGAAAAUCUUACUACCUAUAUUGAUCAGAAUACGCAGUCUGUAAGAAAUAAUGAGCUCAGCACGACAGAAAAUGCAUUUAUAACCGAAACCACUGUAUAUGGCAAAGGUAGCUCAAAGCCGUCUGUUACAGAGAGGGUGCCAAGUGAAGAAGUGAAAAAAACUACGCCUUCUAAUGUACCACAGAGCAUCGAGAUUUAUGUUGAGAAGGUAUUCAAUGCAAGUGAUAAAGUUAAUGUAAGUACAACUACAGAUAAGAACCAUCAUGAAGUUCUCAAAGCAGAAGAAACGGAAACUGUUGUCGGUAAAAUUGGUAGCGCACAGUGGAACCUUUUGAAUAAUUCUGAUGGCAACAAAUUUAAUAUUAGUGAAAAUACUGAUGAAAUAUCUUCAACCACUCCAGGAAGCAAGUAUAGGGAACCAACAACUAUAGUGAUAAUCAAAAAGACUAAUAGACCACAGAAUGUUGCAACCACUUUGAAUGAUGAACUAACAACUGUGAACUAUGAGAAAGUAGCAACAACAGAAGUUUUCUCAAAUACUGUAGUUAGUAAUGUAUCAGAUUUACCCGACCAGCCAUCUGUCGAUGUCUUUAUAAACGAAAAUACUGUCACAACCACUGAUAUAAGUGAAGACAGUGUAACUGAAAACUUCGAGAUGGAGAACUCUACAUUAUCGGAAGAUACGGCUACAUCUACAAAUGACACAAAUAUAAUGAAUGAACAGACUAGCGCCGAGAACAAAUCCAAAGUGAAUGGCUCCUCAUCACAAAAUGAUCACAAUUCCUGGCAAUUAGUAUCCACCAUAGCUCCUCAUAGUAACUCUUCGACACCUCAGAGUGUCCCUCCUCCAAUCCACAGCUAUGCAGAUAUCAUCAAUCCUCCAUCACAUAUAGAUUUAGAAGCAAAACCGAUGCAAGGCUUUGGUUUGGAAGAAAGCACAUCUACGUUGGACGCAGAUAUCUUCCAAUUCACGCAGUUGUGCAACGAGCUAGCGUUUGGAUUCUGGAAAAGCGUUACAAAAGGAGUCAGUUCAGCUAGGAGUGUGUUCAUCUCUCCUUUUGGAGCUACAUCCUUGCUGGCUAUGGUAUUUCUGGGUGCCAGAGGCUCCACAUCUGGCGAAAUGAAUGAGAUUCUGAAACUGGACGAUAUGGUGACGUUCAACCCCCAUUUGAUCUUCAAGAAUGUCAGUGAUUCAAUCAAAGCGCAUGGUGCAGAAUCUGGAGUAGCCGUUUCGGCGAUAGUUAGAGAGUUGUUUAGCGAUAGAGGAAAGGGAAAACUACUACAUUUCUACAAGGAGCGGGCGAAAGCGUUCUACGAUGGAUUUGUAGAAGAGGUCAGCUUCAAGGAAAUAGGUGAUGUCAUCAGGAGGAGAACGAAUCUGCAAGUGAAAAAACAUUCAAAUGGGAGAAUCACUGAAUUUCUAAAGGACAGUUCGAUCAUGCCAAAGCCACCAUUGGUAGCUAUGAGCGUCAACAUAUUCCAGACUGACUGCUCAUCCGCCUUACCUCCCUUGACCGCCCGCGAUUCAGAGCUGCACUUUUCCGUCUCACCGUCUGUGCGUCAACGUAGGCUGGUUCCAGUGCCGGCAGUUGUUUUUGACAGUUCGAAGUUCCUGGCGGGUUAUGAACCCAGCCUGGAUGCCACGGCAGCUGCGGUUGGCAGUCGGAAAGACGUCAUCAGCGCGAUCUAUGUGAUACCUGGAAGUCCUGGACAAGAUGUGCCAGGAGACGGUUUGGGAAGGUUGGAGAAACGGAUAGUGGAGAGCUCGUUCAAGAAAGGAGCUUGGUCUCGUCUGCUACGUUCUCUCCAACCACGGCCAGGCGUUCUCCUGCAAGUCCCAGUGUGGUCGCAUCGCAGCCUGGUAAACGCAACCGGUGCUCUGAAACGCCUAGGUUUAGGCGGUUUAUUCCAACCAGGUGGAGCGGACCUUCGAGGACUCAACGGGGCUGCUGCGACGUCACUCCACCUAGCGGAGGUACUGCAAGUUAACCAGUUCGCGUCGUGCGCGCAGUUGCAGGAAAGGCAUGAAGAAAUGUACCCUGCGGGCAUGGAGCAACGGGAAAGUAGGGCUAAGUUUCUGGAUCUGUAUCGCCACGACCCGCUCUUCCAACAGCAAAGUAUCAGCGAUUUUGUAGAAGAGCCUAGAGACUACCAACGUGCGUUCCAUGACCCACUCCACGAUCCUACGUAUUUCCAUCUACCUCUACCUCUAAGACCCAGGCAAGCUAGGCAUCCAGACGAGCCAGCCGAACCUCCAAGGCUACGUUUCGACAGACCGUUCCUUUACUUCAUCAGGCACAAUCCCACCGGUCUGAUACUCCAUAUGGGAAGGUUCAACCCUCGGUUACUACCUUAGAAAUAAGUGAAUCGUGUAUAGUUUAAUGUUUUGAGCAUAGGUACGAAGGAAAGGAAAGUGACCUAUUGAAUAGUCAGGGACUAUGUUGCGAGAACUACUGUUAAGUCCCUUACAACAAUUUUAUUUUAGAAAUAGGGAAAUUAUCGACAUUUCCAUCCUAGAUUUUUAUAUGCUCGAGAAGAUCGAGUCAAAUAUGAAACAGUAGUAAGUUGAAAGUGUUCCCUACAUAACAUCAACGAGAAAAAUGAACAUAGCAACUACAACAAAUUUUAACAAACUAUGCCAAUUUUUUGUAGUGCUAGUUAUCCCCGAUGAGUUUUUAUAGCUUUAGUAGUUGGAAGAAAACCUUUUCAAGACGUAUAUCAGUAUUAUGGACAUUUUUAGAUUCUUGUUCCAAAAUCUUCGAGUUUAUAAUAAUAGAAAUGAUGUUUGUAUAAGUAACAACGUAGUUGGCAUCAUCGAUGUAUUGGAAAUAGGUAAACAUUCAUGUAUUGUAAUUCAAUAAGAUUGUUUUGUUCCUAUGCUUUUUUAUAUCUGUACGUUUUUGUAAAUAUGUUUUAACAAAAAAUACGCAAAUUUGAGAUGUAACUAUAUUGUCUUAUUAUAUUUAUUCGUCGCAAUUCAAAAUGAACAUUUUCCUUUACAAUCAAAAUAUUCGUUUUGAAUCACCCAGUUUUUGAAUUGAAAAGUGUUAGUUACAUAUCGAAAAUGAUUAAUUUAUUAUAUUUUUAUUACAG